AUGGCAAUUGAGUGCCCUGAUAUUGUUGAGUCAUCUAGACUUACACUAGCUAUAGUUGGUAAUGUUGAAUCACUGGCAGUUGUUGAUAUGUGCGGUGAAGAUGUAAUAGCUGAUUGCUAUAACGUCGUUGGGAAAAUGAAACAAAAGUACAAAAACAAGGCAACUCUCAUUUCGGUAAUGCAUAACUAUGCAAUCAAACACAUGUUCAAUUUCAUAGCUGAGGGAUCUGAUAAACAGAGUUAUGUGUUUAUGUGCAAAUCUCCGGAAUGUAGCUGGUUAUUCAAGGCCUCACAGCAUGCAACAAUUGCUUUUGUAGCUGGCAUAGCGGCUCCAAAGUUGUUGAACCAUAAAAGAAUAAUCACACCAAGUGACAUUAUUGAAGAUAUAAAAGGGAAAAUUGGUUUGGACAUAGAUUGCAGGAAGGUGUGGCGUGCUAAAGAACGUGCUUUAAAGAUAUUGAGAGGGUCUGUUGUGGUAGUAGACGAUAGUCACAUAAGUGGACCAUAUAAAGGAACAUUCAUUUCAGCUAGCACACUUGAUGGAGCAGCUAUUGCCCGUCAUAUAUUGCCGCUUACAUAUGGGGUUGUAGAUUCUGAGAAUGAUUCCUCCUGGACAUGGUUUUUCCAGCAAUUUAAGUGUGCUUUCGAAGAGCGCGAUAAUAUGUGUGUUGUCUCUAAUAGAGUUGAAAGCAUAAUCAAGGCAGUUAAUGUGGUCUAUCCAAGUAUACCACAUUUUGCAUGUGUUUGGCAUCUUUGGAAUAAUGUCUGCACUAAUUAUAGAAAAAGUAAGGACAAGCUGACCAGCAAAUUUUUUGCCAUGGCUAAAGUGUACAAGUUGUAUGAUUUUGAUGACCUUAUGGAAAGGAUGAUGACUUCCAACAAUGCAGAAUGUAUCAACUCUCGUCUUGUUGAGGUACGUGAACUGCCAAUUUUAGAUUUUCUUGAACAGGUCAGAAUCUUAUUUAGUGUGUGGAAUCGCAAAAAUAGAGAUCGGUCUAGCUUUCUUGCUAAAACUCAUUGGGAGGUUAGGAAAUCAACUACCUACAUAUACGGUGUGUAUGAAGAAGAAGAAAAAUACAUAGUUUGGUUGGAUAAUAGGACAUGCAACUGUGGUAUUUUUCAGCUCGACGAGAUACCAUACGCGCACACUAUUGCUGUUUCGAAAAGCAAACAUGUAAAGAAAAUGAAGUCAUACUGUUUUGAUUACUACAAGAAGGAGAGACUAGUCAAGACUUAUAAAAUGCCAUUGUGUCCAAUGCCCGAUAGACGAGAUUGA